UAACAGUCGAAAACGCGUGGCGAUAUUUUUUUUACGGAAUAAUACAGAACUACAGAUUAGAUUACAGAUGCAGUAGAGGAUUCGAGCUCAUCGGCAUUCACCGUAACAUCGAGUUCCCGACAUUUUUUUUUGGUAGAAGAGUUCCCAACAUAAUUCAAUCACGAUUUACGACGUCUUCGGCGCGAACAUCUUCGCUGCGCAGUUCACCAGAUCUAGUUUUAUCAGAAGAUAUUCAUUUCUGUUACCGAGAAUUAGACGUUGCAGGCGUUGGAUCAGAACUGAAUAGCAAUAAAAAUGAGGAGGGCUGGAGAUGCGUUGGGAAGGAGAGGGGGGCAUAGGCAACUGAAGCAACUGAGCGGGGGAAUGAGGGGACUGUUGGGGCGGUUGUCGGUUGCAGUCGUUGUUCUGCUGAUCUGUACCAUCUCUCUGCUCUCGACGAUGAAAGGAAACACUGCAGACUAUGGAUCGAAGAUCAGUUUGGGUGACCUUUGGCAGUCUGCUGCUUCAGGUGGUUGGAGACCAUCAUCUGCUCCACGAUCUGAUUGGCCUCCUCCCCCAACUGAGACCAAUGGUUAUUUGCGGGUUCGUUGCAAUGGUGGUCUAAAUCAACAACGCAGUGCGAUCUGCAAUGCGGUUCUUGCUGCACGAAUCAUGAAUGCUACACUAGUGCUCCCUGAGUUGGAUGCGAACUACUUCUGGCAUGAUAAUAGUGGUUUCCAGGGUAUAUAUGAUGUUGAGCAUUUCAUUUUGUCACUAAAGUAUGACGUACGGAUUGUGGAAAGCAUUCCUGAAAUUCACAAAAAUGGGAAGACCAAGAAAUUGAAAGCAUACCAGCUUCGACCCCCUAGAGAUGCACCAAUCAAUUGGUAUACAACAGUUGCUCUAGAGAAGAUGAAGGAACAUGGUGCUAUUUAUCUCACUCCCUUUUCACAUCGUUUGGCAGAAGAGAUUGACAACCCUGAAUACCAGCGGUUGAGAUGCAGAGUGAAUUACCAUGCCCUCAGGUUUAAGCCAAAUAUUAUGAAAUUCAGUAAUGCUAUUGUCAAUAAACUCCGAGCAAAGGGGCCCUUCAUGGCAAUUCAUCUUCGGUUUGAGAUGGAUAUGCUUGCAUUUGCUGGGUGCUUUGAUAUAUUUACCCCUGAAGAGCAGAAGAUAUUGAAGAAGUACAGAAAAGACAAUUUUGCACCAAAAGAACUUGUCUAUAGUCAAAGAAGGGCAAUUGGAAAAUGCCCAUUAACUCCUGAAGAGGUUGGCCUCAUCUUGCGUGCCAUGGGAUUUGACAAUUCUACCCGGAUAUACCUUGCAGCAGGUGACAUUUUUGGUGGAGAACGUUACAUGAAACCUUUAAGGUCCCUGUUCCCUCACCUUGAGAACCACAGCACGGUGGGCCCUGCAGAUGAACUGGCAGAGAACACCCGGGGACUGUUGGGAUCUGCUGUUGAUUAUAUGGUUUGUCUCCUCUCAAACAUUUUCAUGCCCACAUAUGAUGGCCCAAGCAAUUUUGCAAACAAUCUCAUGGGUCAUCGCCUAUACUAUGGCUUCCGGACCACAAUCCAACCUGACAGGAAAGCUCUUGCUCCAAUCUUAAUUGAUCGAGAAAAUGGUCGGACUGCCGGUUUUGAAGCAGCUGUCAGGCGUGUGAUAUUCAAUUCAAAAUUUGGUGGCCCCCAUAAGCGGAUUCAACCUGAGUCUUUCUACACAAAUUCAUGGCCAGAGUGUUUUUGCCAAAUGUCAGCACAGAAUCCUGCUGAUAAAUGUCCACCAGAUAAUGUCAUGGAACUUCUCAACAGCCGGUUAUACGGUGAAGAAACCAAUAAUGUGGAACAAAUGAAUUCGAACAUCACCAAUGUUUCUCUAUAAGUUAAGAAUGUUUGGAAGUCAUAAUUGUUGGUUAUUCUUCUUCUCAGGGAGCCGACCUCUGUCAACCACACAGAAUUCAGAGAAUUGUUCAAGGAUAGAGAGUCUUGAAAGAGAUGGUGUAGGGAUGUGCUUUGUAGCCUGUAAUAUAGAUAGAUAGAACAGUGUACACAUUCUUUCUUCACCGAUUUAAGGGAAGAGAAAAGACAUUCAUGCAUUGGAAAUUCUGUAAACUGAAUACAAGCAUAGGAAAUGUAGUGUAAAGAGAAAGAAUGAAAGAUCCAAGGGCAUUUUGUUCA